AUGUCGACAUCGAUCGUUACGACACUCACGCUUCUUGGUCAACAAAUAAUGAUUUACUGUGGUACACCACUAUUUAUUACAGGAAUGGCUGGUGGACUCUUACUUACCACAGUUUUACUUAGUUUGAAAACCUUCCGCCAAAGCUCUUGCGCGUUCUAUCUGACGAUUAUGUCAAUUGUUAACGUCGGACAACUAUUGACUGGUCUGUUAACGCGUUUAAUGAUCAGUGGUUUUGCUAUCGAUUGGACAGAAACAGUAUUAUUCUAUUGUAAAAUUCGUUUGUUUACUACAACCAUCUGCGCGCAAACAUCGCUAACAUGUUUAUGUUUAGCUGUUGUUGAUCAAUAUCUCGCGACGUGUUCUCGUCCACAAUGGCAACGAUGGAGUAACAUCAAACUCGCCCGUAUUCUAACAACAUGCUUUGUUAUCUUUUGGAUUCUAAUUGACAUUCCCUAUAUUACCUUCUUCAACCAAGUCUAUUCUCCUACUACGAAUAAAAUGACUUGCAUGGUCACUAAUCCGACUUUUAUUGCAUAUCGAAUCUAUUUCGUCGCACCUGUCGUCUUAGGAUUUCUGCCGAUUUUGAUCUCGUCAACUUUCGGUAUUAUGGCUUAUUGUAAUGUUCAAAGUUUAGCUUAUCGUACAGUGCCGCUUGUUCGACGAGAAUUAGACAAACAACUAACAAAUAUUGUUCUUGUGCAAAUCCCAUUUCUUAUUCUUUCGAUUUUACCUUACACAGUUACGAAUAUUCUGACAUCACGUCAAGAAUGGGCUAGUGAUAAAAUUCUAUGGGCAUAUAUACAAUUUAGUUCAACAAUAUCUCUCGUUUUAUUUUAUGUCUUUUACUCCAGUCCAUUUUAUGUUUGUAUUUCGGCUUCAGAACGGUUUCGUCGACAAUUUUUAUUCGUUAUAAAAAGACCUUUCUGUUUGAAAAUAGCUCCAAUGAAUGGACCGCCAACUAGUCAGAUUGCACCUGAACAAUAG